AUGACUUGUUUUACUGCCUGUUUCAAACAAAAAGCUUCUUCCCCAGCAAAGCAAAUUGUGGGUUUUAAAAAAGCAUGUGCUUAUAUCUGCAUCGGAGCUUCAAAUGGAAAUUCAGAAAGGAAUAUAGAAAAUUUAAGUGAGGAAAAUGUAAAACUGUAUAGUUACAAAGAAUUACAACUUGCGACAGAAAAUUUUAAUCCAAGAAAUAAGAUCGGGGAAGGAGGCUUUGGUUCCGUCUACAAGGGGAGGCUAAAGGAUGGCUCCUUGGCUGCUGUAAAGGUUCUUUCUGUCGAGUCAAAGCAGGGUGUCCGUGAGUUCUUAACAGAGAUAAUGACGAUAUCAUGCACGGAACAUGAGAACCUGGUGAAGUUGUAUGGGUGCUGUGCAGAAAGGGAUCAUAGAAUUUUGGUUUAUGGUUACGUAGAGAAUAAUAGCCUUUCUCAAACUCUCCUAGGUGAUGGUUACAGUAACAUUCAGUUUAGCUGGAAAACACGGACUAAAAUUUGCAUGGGGGUAGCACAAGGGCUUGCAUUCCUCCACGAGGAAGUCCGACCUCAUAUUGUUCACAGAGAUAUCAAACCUAGCAAUAUUCUCCUCGACAAAGACCUAACUCCAAAAAUCUCAGAUUUUGGUCUGGCAAAGCUUUUUCCAGAUAAUUUACUCAUAUUAGCACACGGCACGAUUGGAAGAAGCAACACAAAUAAGAGAUUGCCUGUUGAAGAACGUUAUCUUCUUGAAACGGCAUGGAAAUUAUACGAGAAAAGGGAGCUGGGUCAAUUGGUUGACACGGCACUUGAAGCCGACUUCAAUAUGGAUGAGGCUUGCAGAUAUUUGAAGAUUGGCCUUUUAUGCACCCAAGACAUGCCAAAAAGCCGGCCAGCCAUGUCUACUGUGUUGAAAUUGCUUACGGGUGAGAUGGACUUGCCCAAGAAGAAGAUAUCUAAACCAGCCAUACUCUCUGAAUUAAUGGCUGUGAAUAGCAAUACAACAUCGCCUGGCUGGGGAAAUCAAGAUAAGUCAUCUUCAACAAACAGAAGCACGACGUAUGCCACAAUGACUUUCACUUCAAUAUAUGAUUGA